AUUGUAUCCUCCAAGGCGAUUGCGUAGUCCCUGCUCAUUCUUUCAGAAAGUUUUAGAGACAAAUGAUCACAGAUCAGCACAUUCAUACGUUGCAGAGGUCGACGCCUGUCAUCGAUUUUCUUGCGCUUCAAAGUGCCAGCCGUGUGCUCCAGGACCAGUUUAUGAAAGACGAGCAAAUUUUACCUGAUUUUCGGGACGUUAUAGCAAGUUCUGCAGGACAAUCCUGCGCAUACAGUGUGUUUCCUAAUGAUUUCAGAGUUCCUUUUCAGAAGAGAAAGCUUCUGGGGAUACCUGAAUCACUGUUCCAGUACUACAACACUACUAAUGUGACGUCCCACAUGGGCCUUCUACCCGGAAUUGAAAGGGUAUGGAUAUCAAUUGAUCAUAAAUUAUUUCUAUGGGAUUACGUGGAAGGCCAAGAGAUACAUUCCCUUGUCGAACAACAAGAUGUUAUAACUCAAGUCGCAGUCGUGAAGCCCAAGCCUGGUGUUUUCAUUGACGAAAUUUCCUACAUCAUGAUCAUCUGCACUCCCGUCUCGCUUCUUCUUAUAGGACUCUCGUUACGCACUGAUGGCAGAUUGGGCCAUCGAUCUCACAAGGACAUUGAAAUGUAUGCCACUGACAUGGCAGUGCCUACCGAUGUAGAAAUGGCAUCUAUCGUAGGCACCCAAGGUGGCAGGAUUUUCAUGUGUGGGUCGCAGGACGGUUGUCUAUAUGAGCUAUAUUACCAGGAAAGCGAGUCAUGGUUCAGUAAACGAGUGCAGUUGAUUAAUCAUUCCGUGGGUGCAAUGCAAAGUCUUUUUCCUCGCUUCUCGUUCCCAGAUCCACAGGAUCGUGUCAUAUCCGUCGUGUCUGACUCAUCAAGGAAUUGCGUCUACACAUUGACUGCCAAUAACUCGAUACAUAUAUAUCAACCGCUCAGUGAUAAAACGAUACGACAUGUUCAAACUAUCACCGACCUUCAUAAAAGUGCUCAAGAUAAACUUCCUGGUUCCACGGCUUUGUCAUCUCACGCCUUCCAGAUUAUAGGCCUUCACCCAGUGGAACCGAGCGGAUCUCGCACCGGGUUGCAACUCAUUGUUAUCACUUCAAAUGGUGUUCGUCUCUAUUUCUCACCUUCUCCGAGCGCCAGCCACUAUGCGCCAAUGAGCAGAGAUAUGAUUGACACACUGCAACCAAUACAAUUGAUACAUGUUCGACUGGCGCCUCCAAAUCUUCUUUACCCUGACGAGCAAUCCAAUCUCCGUCGUGCUGUCAUUUCUCCCCAGUCUUCUGCUCACCCAUAUAUCCUUUCCGGAAUCGAGAACUCGUGUUAUCUGGAAGGUCUAUUUAUUGCUGCACAACCUGGCGAGCCUGAUGGCACGGAUUUUCUCGUGUGCAUAGCUCCUGAUUUGGCCCGUAUCGCAUCGCUCGGACAAACGUCCCAACUGGUACAGACGCAUCAAAACAGCUCUUAUGUAGGUGGCAGUCACCAACCACCACUUGUUGAAUAUGCUACAUUGUUGGCUAUACCGGGUCGUACUUGGGCUAUGGCAAGUGUCCCAAGAUCAUACCAUUCAUCGUCACUGGCGCCUCCAAACGAGCUGGCCUCUCAGUUCUCUCAUCUACCCCAGGAAUUUAUGAUUCUGACCAAUGUGGGGCUAACUUUUUUAGUUAAACGCCGAGCUCUGGAUUAUUUAAAGGCUGUUAUCGAAGAAGUACAAAGCGAAGGAAUUGUACAACCUAUCAUUGAUUUCAGGGACAGUUACGGGAGAGAUCAAACUUGUGCUAUGUUACUUGGCAUAGCUUGUGGCAACGCUUUCAUUGAUAUUUAUGAUCAUUCAACCCCUGGAACAUUUAAUACUAUCAGUCCCGACACUGCUACUGUGGCCAAGCAAGCAUUUUAUGACUUCGGGGAGCGGCCCAUCUGGGCCGAGAGAGGCACAUACGGAACAAGCGAUAGUUCUGGAACUGCCAUUUACAGUGGUCGCAGGCAAGGCCUCCUGUUGUAUCUAUCGCGACUUCUUCAGCCGAUCUGGAAAGUCAAACUGAUCAAACCGAGGAACCUUGGUGCUCUGAAGGACUUUCUAGAUAAAAAUCCACAUCUCUUUCAUUCUUCUGUAGGAGAUCGUUCUGGUCCACGGAUCACGACGGGUAAAGAACAAGAGGCUUGGAAGGCAGAGCAGGAUUCUGUCGCGCAGCUCGAGGCUUUGUUGGCUAGAACAAUAGAGGGUAUAUAUUUUAUCCUUACAUUGAACGACUAUAGGAUAGGGGAGCUCGUACCUCAGUUUCCAAGCGGCAUUCAGGCCCUGCUCGCGUCCAUGGCACUCGAGGAUCUCAUUACCUCAGUUAACGGAGUCACCAUAUCGCGAGCAUUGGCUAAUGUCGUAAUAGAACAACAAAUAGCACAACAGAUCAACGUUGACGCACUCAGUGAUGUUCUACAGGAACGAUGUGGCUCAUUCUGCAGCACAGAUGAUGUUAUGUUAUACAAAGCUCAAGAAACGAUUCGGAAAGCCGGAGAGGCUUCGAGUCCUGCAGAACAGCAAACUUGGUUAGGUGACUCGCUGCGGCUCUUUACUAAAGGCGCACGGGUGCUACCAUUUGAAAACAUACGGGAUAUCUGUGGCAAUUAUCAGCGGCUUAAUUACGCCCAAGGUGCUAUUGAACUGCCCCUAAGCUGUGCUCACGCACUGGACCCGGACAACAUUGGAUUCGAGUACUGGGACGCUGGUUGUCCUCCCAAUGACAGGCGCUUCGAGUACUAUCAGCGAAGGCUGCAGUGCUAUACACUUGUACUGGAUUUUUUGGCGGCAUUUGAAGGUGCCGGGAAAAUUAAAUCGGAGAGUUCGAUGGUAGAUGGACACGAGGCCGUUCGACACCAUGCAUAUGAACUAGCAUUCGCUAGCAAAGAUGAAGCCUUUCAUUCGACAAUGUAUGACUGGCUUGAUAAACGAGGCUUGGCAGAUGAACUUCUAGAGAUGCGUCCUCCAUACCUUGCGGCACAUCUCAAACGAGAACCUAUUACGAUGCAAAAAUAUCAGCUUUUGUGGAAGUUCUACGUGAAAGAUGGUCAGCCGUUGCGAGCAGCUGAGGUACUCACAAUUCUAGCCGAAUCUAACAAUAGCGAUUUGUCGCUCGGCCGUCGCCUGGAGUAUCUGACUUUGGCAGUAGGGAAUGCAAAGUCCCAUCCUAUAUCCUACGAAGGACGACAUGAAAACGCCGUCGCGUUUCUGACCGAUCUUGAAGACAAGCUCGAUGUUGCGAAAGUCCAAUUCGAGUUGUACAAUGUUCUUCUACCACGUACCAAUGAUGAAGGGGUAGGGGAUAAAGUAAAAUGUCUCUCUGAACGGCUGCUAAAUAUAUCAGAGUUAUAUCAUCUCUAUGCCGAGCCCUUCGAUUUACCUGUAAUAAAGCUCCUCAUUCUACACGUGUCAGAGCAUCAAGACGAAAAUAUAGUCAAUCCUAUAUGGAGCAAGAUAUUUGAAGACGCUCUUCAAGCAGAUUCCGAUGUGCAAGGCAACGCCGAUCGUGUCCUCGCCACUAUUGUACCACUUGGACAACGGUUUCACCCGUCCCAGAGUGCCUUUCCCUUGAGUGAGUUAUUAAAGCAAGUCACUGUUGCACUGUCUAACAGCAUGUUACUAUGCGAACAUUUAGGACAUAUUUCAAAAUUAAUAGUACAAUUUUUUCUUGUACGGCGUGGUGACCUUCCCACUGGCUGGGCCGCCCGCGUACUAGUCCAAUGUGGCGUUCCAUAUUCGGAAAUAUGGGAUGUUCUACAUGAAAUGUACGAAUCUCAUAUCCCACCAUUUAACGACCAGGUCAAUGUUCAAGCAAUAAACUCAAACAUCGCCAUCCUUCUUUCGGAUUGGUUGGAGGAGGCAAAAAGGUCUCAGACAUCCAUUGCACAAAUGGAAAUUCCAGUUGGGCGAAUUGAUCUUGCGAUUGAUCAGUAUCUGGCGGAGCUCGACUCGAGACAAAUAGAGACUAAAAAUAUUUACGAAAGUAUCAGGCGUCAUCUUAGACGCAACUGGUAGCAUAGCUAUUCUCAUGGCGCAUAUACCUGUUUAUAUAUGACGCUCAGUCAAAAAGCCUAGUCAAGUUGCAUGUAGUCAGCCAGUCGUUGUAUAGUCUACUGCAGUCUCAUUACAGUCAUCAAAAUGGCCAAUGCUUGGGGGGACUUAAAAAUGUCUAGUUGUCCCAUAGUCUAAUAUGUUCCAACUUAGUCCAGUAUAGUUAGUGAGGUCGAACCUUGCUCAGUAAAU